AUGGCUGGCCCCAGCAAGUCUCUGGUCCUUGACCCGGCCCUCCAGAAAUACUACGAACUCAACGCAAACCGUUACAAGUACUUCCGCUGGAACCCGCGCCACGCCUGGCUGUCCGUCAUCUACAUGGCCGCAAUCCCCGCUGCUUUGACUUGGGUCGCCUACAAGACAGAGGGCAAAUACGAGCUCCGUGGAAAACGAAGGGGAGAUACUAUUGCGGAAUGGUGA